AUGCAGAAGACAGAUCUGAAGAAAUACUGCCCCAGAACUUGGACAGCUUUUGCAAGCAAAGAUCUGGAGGAGCAGUUACGGUCUGUGUCCAGUGUAGAUGAACUCAUGACUGUACUCUACCCAGAAUAUUGGAAAAUGUACAAGUGUCAGCUAAGCAAAGGAGGCUGGCAACAAAACAAAGAACAGGCCAACCUCAACUCAAGGACAGAAGAGACUAUGAAAUUCGCCGCGGCACAUUAUAAUGCAGAGAUCUUAAAAAGUAUUGAUAAUGAGUGGAGAAAGACUCAAUGCAUGCCACGGGAGGUGUGUAUAGAUGUGGGGAAGGAGUUUGGAGUCGCAACAAACACCUUCUUUAAACCUCCAUGUGUGUCCGUCUACAGAUGUGGGGGUUGCUGCAACAGUGAGGGGCUACAGUGCAUGAACACCAGCACGAGCUACCUCAGCAAGACGUUAUUUGAAAUUACAGUGCCUCUCUCUCAAGGCCCCAAACCAGUAACAAUCAGUUUUGCCAAUCACACUUCCUGCCGAUGCAUGUCUAAACUGGAUGUUUACAGACAAGUUCAUUCCAUUAUUAGACGUUCCCUGCCAGCAACACUGCCACAGUGCCAGGUGGCAAACAGGACUUGCCCCACCAAUUACAUGUGGAAUAAUCACAUCUGCAGAUGCCUGGCUCAGGAAGAUUUUAUGUUUUCCUCGGAUGCUGGAGAUGACUCAACAGAUGGAUUCCAUGACAUCUGUGGACCAAACAAGGAACUGGAUGAAGAGACCUGUCAGUGUGUCUGCAGAGCGGGGCUUCGGCCUGCCAGCUGUGGACCCCACAAAGAACUAGACAGAAACUCAUGCCGGUGUGUCUGUAAAAACAAACUCUUCCCCAGCCAAUGUGGGGCCAACCGAGAAUUUGAUGACAACACGUGCCAGUGUGUAUGUAAAAGAACCUGCCCCAGAAAUCUACCCCUAAAUCCUGGAAAAUGUGCCUGUGAAUGUACAGAAAGUCCACAGAAAUGCUUGUUAAAAGGAAAGAAGUUCCAGCACCAAACAUGCAGCUGUUACAGACGGCCAUGUACGAACCGCCAGAAGCCUUGUGAGCCAGGAUUUUCAUAUAGUGAAGAAGUGUGUCGUUGUGUCCCUUCAUAUUGGAAAAGACCACAUGUGAGCUAAGACUGUACUGUUUUCCAGUUCAUCGAUUUUCUAUUAUGGAAAACUGUUGCCACAGUAGAACUGUCUGUGAACAGAGAGACCCUUGUGGGUCCGUGCUAACAAAGACAAAAGUCUGCGUUUCCUGAACCGUGUGGAUAACUGUACAGAAACGGACUGGAGCUCAUCUGCAAAAGGCCUCUUGUAAAGACUGGUUUGCUACCAAUGACCAAACAGCCAAGAUUUUUCUCUUGUGAUUUUUUUUUUAAAGAAUAACUAUAUAAUUUAUUUCCACUAAAAAUAUUGUUUCUGCAUUCAUUUUUAUAGCAACAACAAUUGGUAAAACUCACUGUGAUCAAUAUUUUUAUAUCAUUCAAAAUAUGUUUAAAAUAAAAUGAAAAUUGUAUUAUAAGCUG